AAUUAGUUAGUGGGGGGAAACCGGACCGGGAUUCAAAAGAAUUAGGCGAAGUCUUUCUUAAAAGAAUGUGCUUUCGCUUUAUAGCUUUAUCCUCAACGUAAGUAACUUAGUGCAGUGCAAGAGGAAGAAGAAAAUGAAAUACGAACAACCGCGCUGGUCGUACCGAAUCUCCAAUACAAAACAAACCAUGGCUAUCCUUCGUUAUUUUGUGCCUUUUCUUACUUUCAUAGCAGCCAAUUCUUUUUUUCGUUUUCUAGGAUCAGAAGGAACCGCUAUAAUGACCGCGGGUGGAAAUAUCGUACUUUUUGGAAUCCUGCUCUUGAUCUUGACCUUUUUCUUUCGAAAAAAUCGUUUUCGUUUGAGCUUUCCACUUGUCUUUCUUUUAUAUAUAUCCAUAAUAUUUUCCAUCUCGUUAUUUGGAUGUUGUUUACGCGCCCAUUUCCUAUCGAACUUUGGUCUGUAUUUCCAGGAUGUUUUCUCGUUUGUUGUUGCUUUGAGUGUGGGUUCGGGAGGAGGGCAGCCACUUCCUCUUCCGGCCCCUUCCAGCCCAUCAAACUCGUCAUCAGAAGAUUCAUUCGGGCUACAGGUCCUGUCGGAGCCUUGGCCCGUGACUCACAAUAUAGCCUACGAAUCUUCGCUCCGAAGUCGAAUUUUUUCGCUGGAAAGUAGGGAUUGCAUUUUUCUCCUUGAUAAGGAUAGGGGAGUAUAUUGGGCAGAAAUAAAAAGUGCCCUCGACAAUUGUUCUUCUCAGGCGCAAUAUAACCGGCUGAUCGAAUUCGAGAAUCGGGAUCUCCGGAUCCGGGAGCUGAAACAUGAAUGUUAUUCUCUUUUUCAAGGAGUGCUUUCUGAGCAUCCUGACUUGGCCGAACAGGCCCCCUACAAUCCUAAAGAAGCCUUUAUGGACUUUUUAGAUGAAAGACGAAAUGAACUUGACCGAGAGGGCGGAACCCCAUUAGUAAAAGACCAGAGGGAACUCGCCUUUUUGAAUCAACUUUCUCACGAUGUGAGAACCCAUAGGAAAAACUCCCUCUAUAUCAAUAAUAUUCUUGGGAGAUGAGAUAAUAAGCUUAGGAAUACGUUUAUUUGCUAAUAUGAUGGCUUUCUUGAUCUCAUUCGUAUUCUGAUCGAUGAUUAAUAGAACUAUGGACCGGUCUAAUGGUUGAGCCGGAGAGUAGGGAGUAAAGGCAGGGCCCUGCUCACUUUGAUUUUCUCAUCUGGUGAGCUAUUGUCAUGUUCUUUAUUAGCCUUCAGAGCUUGUGUAGAGUUGAAGAGUUGUUGUCUUUUGACCUUCAGUAGUAGACUGAUUCUUCAUUUUUCUUCCAAUAGUUCGACCUAUCGUGUCAUUGUCAUUAAGGGAUUGAUCAUCAAACUUUCGAUCUUGUUCUUUGGUUGUUUUGUUGUCCAAGUCGAGUAGAGUAAGUUGCUGCUUUCAUGGUGGCGAGUCACUAUUACUUGUGGCUUGAGCCGGGUUUGGUGUUCAGUCCGCAAUUCCAAGGGUUUUUCCUGGCCUUCUCGCAACAGGAGAAGCGAAGCCUAUUCUAUUUACGAAAUGUGAAUCAGGCUGCACAGAAGAGAGUAA